AUGUAUCCCAGGAUAAGAAUGGUUGCACUAUAUACCGUCUCAAUCACGUUGAUUGCGUUCCUUAUGUAUAUAAGGAAAGAGACUAAGUUGGCUGUGUCUCCAGCAGCCAGGAAGAUAGCUGCACCAAAUCCCAGCAAUACGUUCUGGGCCCCGGAGCAGACUGAACCCAGCAAAUGUUUGCCAGACCUGACAAUUGCCAAUUCCUCUUCUGCACUCCCAGAGCUUCACCGCACCUUCUUAAUGUACAAGCACUGCAGGAACUUUUCCACACUGCUGAAGCCCACGAGAUGCAGUGAGGAAACAUUCCUCUUGCUGGCAAUCAAGUCUCCCCCCAUCAACAUAGACCGUAGGGUUGCUAUCAGGAACACAUGGGGGAAAGAAGUGGCCAUUGGCAGCAAGCCAAUCAAGCUGGUGUUCUUGCUUGGGCGCUCGGAGGCCAAAAUCCAGGCUCACUCCCUCCACCAGCUGCUGGUUUAUGAGAGCCAAGAGUUCGAUGACAUUGUCCAGUGGGAUUUCACCGACAACUUCUUCAACUUGACGCUGAAGGAGCUGCACUUCCUCCGGUGGUUCAUGGAGGACUGUUCCCAGGCCAGGUUUGUGCUGAAGGGCGAUGACGACGUUUUUGUCAACACCUACAAUAUCGUUGAGUUCCUCAAGGAACUCAAACCUGGGCAGGAUCUCUUUGUUGGGGAUGUGAUCAGCCAGGCCCGUCCUAUAAGAAACACCAAAGUAAAAUAUUUCAUCCCAGAGUCUAUGUACAAAGCGCCCUACUAUCCUCUCUAUGCUGGUGGCGGUGGCUAUGUGAUGUCCAGAAUGACAGUGCAGCGACUCCAGAGCACCGCUGAGGACACCGAACUCUUCCCAAUAGAUGAUGUCUUUGUGGGAAUGUGUCUGGCAAAGAUGGCAGUGACUCCAUUGAACCAUGCUGGCUUUAAGACCUUUGGGAUCCAGAGGCCCUUUAAUCCUUUUGAUCCAUGUCUGUACAAAGAACUGAUGAUAGUGCACAAGCUGAACCCCACCGAGAUGUGGAUCAUGUGGACGCUGGUAAAGGAUGACCGUAUUAGGUGUGCUGUAUCAUUAACUCAGUAA